ACAGUAAAGAAUCCAAGCUGAGCCUGUUAAUGUAAAAUGAAUGCCUUGUCACUCAUAGAAUUUCCAUGCUGGUGAAGCUAUCUGAUGACACCACAACUGAGACAAUUUUGGAAGAUGGGACAGAAGUUUUAGAAUAUAUCUAGUGAGACCAGUGGAGUUGACAAAAUAAUUUGCAGCAGAUCUACUCUCUCUGGAUAAGGUAAAUAUAUACUGAAAGCAAUUUUGGCAGAAGCAGACAAGGAGAUCUCAUCACUGAACUGGGCACCUAACUCAAAAUGGCGCUGUCCAUUGAUUCUGCCCGGUAUCGCUGGCAGCGACUGGUGUCAGAUGAGUCUUCCCAAGCAGAUUCAGAAAAAGCUCCACUUCUGGCACACAAUAAGGACAGAUUCAAAGAUAUCCUUAAGAAGCAAAGGGUUGUCUUUCCUAACAAUGAAGCUUUCACUAAAAAUCGAGAAAAAGUCAUGCGAUAUUAUGAGGGCAAUAAGAUUCGAACAACAAAGUACACUCUUCUGACAUUCCUUCCACUGAACCUUCUUGAACAGUUUUGCAGGUUAGCGAAUACAUACUUUCUUUUUCUCAUUCUCCUGAACUGGGUUCCGCAGAUUGAGGUUUUCCAUAGAGAACUCACAGCGAUUCCUUUGGCUCUGGUGCUUAGUGUAAUUGCACUGAAAGAUGGUUGGGAAGACUACAAGCGAUACCGAUUUGAUAAGAAAAUCAAUGCAAUUAAGGCAAAGGUUUAUGAAAGGAGACAAAAGAAAUAUGUAGAGAAAUGCUGGAAAGAUGUUAAGGUUGGUGACUUUGUAAAACUUAUGUGCAAUGAAAUCAUACCUGCUGACAUCCUGUUGCUAUACUCCUCGGAUUUUAAUGGAAUUUGUCACAUUGAGACUUCAAACUUGGAUGGAGAAAGCAACCUCAAACAGAGACGGGUAGUGAAAGGAUUUUCAUGUCAGGAGUCCCAUUUUGAUCCUGAGAAUUUCAACAGCACAGUAGUCUGUGAGACACCAAACAAUGAUCUGAACAGGUUCAAGGGUUAUCUGGAACGACCAGAUAAGAAGCAGAUUGGGUUUGAUAAAGACAGCCUUUUGCUUCGUGGCUGCGCCAUCAGGAAUACAGAAGAAGUAAUUGGAAUAGUUGUCUAUGCAGGACAUGAGACAAAGGCAAUGCUGAAUAACAGUGGUCCUCGAUAUAAACGCAGUCAACUGGAAAGGUCGAUGAACAUAGAUAUUUUCUGCUGUGUUGGAAUUUUAAUAAUCAUGUGUCUCAUUGCAGCUAUAGGUAAUGGAGUUUGGCAUGGAAGUUCCUCCUCUCCGUCCAUCGAAUUUAGUAUUCCAGAAGCAGACUUUACCUAUUUGCUCCCUGCUGUUGCUGGUUUCUACACAUUUCUUACAAUGAUCAUCCUUCUGCAGACUCUGAUCCCCAUUUCACUCUACGUAUCAAUUGAGUUAGUGAAACUUGGUCAGGUCUUCUUUAUCCAUCAAGACAUUGACCUGUAUGAUGAAGAGAUUGAUUUACCAGUGCAGUGCCGGGCUUUAAACAUUACCGAGGACUUAGGACAGAUACAGUACAUCUUCUCUGACAAAACUGGCACCUUGACUGAAAACAAGAUGGUUUUCCGACGUUGCACAAUCAUGGGCACAGAGUUCUCUCAUCAGGAAAAUGCGAAACGACUUGCGUUCCACAAGGAAGGGGAUCUGGAUGAUGCAGGUGUAGCAUCACCAAGAAAGUUCUCAUUGGCCGAUCUGAAGACAAACAAAUCCACCUUAGGCAAGAAAAGCAUCAAAGAACUUCGAAGGUGUCAAAGUGCCCGUGCUAGAUUCCAUAGCCAUUCCAGGCAAAGAUCCAUGGGUGAUGCUUCCCUUUUUCAAGUGGCUUUCAGUAGUCCAAUAGAGAAAGAUGUGACCCCUGACAAAAUGUUGCUGCAGAAAGCUCAUGAAGCUGCUGUUCAACUGGCAGCAGCUUUUUGGAAACCUUUGGAAAGUGUCUCUCCAGAAAGUUCCUCCAUUGUUGACUUCUUCCUGGGGCUUGUCCUUUGCAACACAGUAGUGGUCUCUACAGAUACUCAGCCAAGACAAAGGGUUACACUCCCCUCUUUCAUGAAACCUUCAAAGAAUUCCCUUGAGAAGCUACAACAUCUGUUCCAAAAGUUGAAAUUUGCUAGAAUGAGCCCAGCAUCUAUAUCACCUCAAUCACCGUCUGAUCGUAAUGCUGAUUUUAUUGAGAAAGAAAGUCAAAUAGGCUGGAAGUCUGUAGAAUUUCAUGAGAAUGAGUCCAAAAGCUCAUCGAUCUCUGCAGAAGAAAAAGAAUUUUCAUUUGCUGAUAAAAAUGACAAGAAACAUAAAGUUCAUUUUAGUCCAGAUGCAGCUGGUGAAGAUGACGUUUUUCCAGGAGUUUCAGAACAAGUGCAAGAUCUCGAAUUUUGUUAUGAAGCAGAAAGUCCAGAUGAAGCAUCACUUGUCCAUGCUGCGCGAGCAUACAGUUUUGUCCUAAUGUCACGAACCCCUGAGCAGGUGACUGUUAAGCUUCCUCAAGAUAUCCCUUUGACGUUUGAACUUUUGUGCACCUUAGGAUUUGACUCUACACGGAAGAGAAUGUCUGUAAUUGUUAGACACCCCUUGACCAAAGAGAUCAUUGUUUACACAAAAGGUGCCGACUCUGUCAUCAUGGACCUUUUGGAAGACCCACAAAGAGAUAACAAAGAGGAAGAGCUUAACUUAAAAAAGAUCCGAACAAGAACACAGAAACACUUGGACUGGUAUGCUAGACAAGGGUUACGAACACUAUGCAUUGCUAAAAAGGUUCUGACAGAAGAUGAGUAUGAGAGAUGGUCUAAUUUUCGUUCGGAGGCAGAGGCUGCUAUUGAGAACAGAGAGGAGUUAUUAAUGGAAACGGCAUUGCACUUGGAAACUAAUCUCACACUGCUUGGUGCUACUGGUAUUGAAGAUCGUCUACAAGAAGGGGUCCCAGACACCAUAGAAUCCCUUCGGGAAGCUGGUAUUCAGAUCUGGGUCCUGACAGGUGAUAAACAAGAAACUGCUGUAAAUAUUGCACAUUCUUGUAAACUUCUGUCUCAGAAUGACAUUGUUUUUACAAUCAACACUGAAAGCAAGGAAACCUGUGAAUCUAUUAUUGAUAUUACCUUAGAGGAAAUGAAAAAGUAUUUGGUUAUGGAACAGAAAAAGUCCAGAAUCCUUUGCUUCCCUAUUGGAAACUUUACAUCAUCUCCUCAGCAAAUGAAACAAAACUUUGGACUUGUAAUCGAUGGAAAGACCCUGAAUGUUGUAUUUCAAGGGAAUUUGGAGAAAAAGUUUUUGGAAUUAGCAAAACAUUGCCGUGCUGUUUUGUGUUGUCGUGCAACUCCAUUGCAGAAGAGCAUGGUAGUUAAACUGGUCCGGGACAAACUGAAAGUCAUGACCCUAUCAAUAGGUGAUGGUGCUAAUGAUGUUAGUAUGAUCCAAGCUGCUGACGUUGGAGUUGGCAUUUCAGGCCAGGAAGGCAUGCAGGCUGUGAUGGCUAGCGAUUUUGCAGUUUCAAAAUUCAAGCACCUGAAAAAGUUACUACUUGUCCAUGGGCAUUGGUGCUACAGUCGUCUGGCGAAUAUGGUGAUCUACUUCUUUUACAAAAAUGUGGCCUAUGUGAACCUGCUUUUCUGGUACCAGUUUUUCUGUGGCUUCUCUGGAACUACCAUGAUUGACUACUGGCUACUCAUUUUCUUUAACCUAUUCUUCACUUCGAUUCCACCAAUAGUUUUUGGAAUUCUAGAUCGAGAUGUUUCUGCAGAAACACUGAUGGGCUUGCCUGAGCUUUAUAAAAGUGGUCAGAAUUCAGAGGCAUAUAAGCGAUCGUCAUUCUGGAUUGUUAUGCUGGACGCCUUUUACCAAAGUCUCAUCUGCUUUUUUGUUCCAUAUCUUACAUACAUGGGAUCCGAUAUCGAUGUGUAUUCAUUUGGGUUACCUAUUAACACUGUGGCUCUCUUGACUAUACUGUUACAUUUGGCCAUUGAAAUUAAAACUUGGACCAUAGCACACUGGCUGACGAUUGUGGGAAGCGUACUACUUUAUUUUGUAGCAGCGCUUGCUUACUCUGCUGGCUGCAUUAAUUGCAAUCCACCUUCGAAUCCAUAUUUCCUGAUGGAGCUGCAAAUGUCGACUCCUGUCUUCUACUUGAACUGUGUAUUAGUACCAGUUCUUGCCAUAUUACCCAGGUACUUAUUUCACACUCUGCAAGGCACAUUUGCAUGGUCUCCCUUAGUCAAAGCCAAACUGUUGGAUAAACUUUGUCAUGAUAGUCGUGACCUAGCAAUCAAGCAGUGGAGAGAACAAAACUACUUGAAGUCAGCAAGGCAUGCAUCUGAAAAUGUGUCACUAAAUGACAGUGGUCAAGUAACACCAAAUUUGGAAACUAUGCGCUUUUAUGAAGUAUUAUCAACUCCCCGUUCUUUACAUAUGAGUAAUGAACUCCAAGGACCAAAUUCACCAAUGAAAGGAAUACUUCAUUGGCCUGAUCAUUACAGCAAUAGUGGUACCAGUAAUUUCAUGUGGAAUGGGAAGCAAACAGAAGUAGUCCAAGCAAUGGCGGGAAGCACAUCAAAGGGAAAAUACACAAAUAGACAUAAUACAAAGAAUAGCCUGCCUAGUGUAGAACAGCCUGAAAAAGAUGAACCGUGUGAUGAUUAUGAUGAUGAUGGUGAUGAUGAAGAGGAGGAAACUUCCUGGGCAAACCAUCAAAGAUCCAUUAGUGUAAUCACAAUAUAAAAUGUGGUAGUUUAUUUAACUGUGACUCGUACCUGGUGUCCCAUUACAUCAUUUGGUUGUUUGUUUGAAGUACACAGAACAGAGUGAGAUGCUUGGAGGCUUAAAUAACUAAAAAUUUGGUUCAUGGCUGAGACACAGAGAUAGUCAGUGCCAUAGCAUUUCUGGCUAAGUUUAUAGUCUGGGUGAGGUUUCUUUCUCUGGUAACUUCAUUAGGAUGGGGCCAUAUUUUGGGUAUUUGGAACAUAGACUGGGUUAAAUUCAAACUGCCAUAUCUUCCAUCAUAGCAUGGAGAGACUGUCUUGAGGGUUAACCCUCAAUACUGAAUUGGAAAGUUAUUGUUCUCAGUAACCAGUUUUCCCAUAUUGGGAGUGAGUGGAACAGAACAAAAUAUUGUUUACAUUAAAGCUUAUGUUUUAAAGCUGUGACAUUUAUUUUAUGAUUUAGAAUGUGCAAUAUUUUUGUUCUCUUGCCAGAUUCUGCCAAAGACAAUGUUUGAUAGGCAAAGCAAAAAUGUUUAGUUUGCAUCAUGAGUAAACUGAACAUUAUUUUUUACUUUACGUCACACCGGUCAAGUAAGAAAGCCAAAGGCAGAGAGAACAGUAAAACAUUAUGUUUUUAAUUCAGACUACAUAUGGAAGGUUAAACAAAAAUAUAUCAUUUUAACCAAUAAGUAAAAAUUAUUAUUUCUGGGAUGUUACUUUUAUUGUGGAAUAGAAUUUCACAAUUUACACAUACUAGAUAGAUUAUAGCAAUCCCAUAUCUAAGUUAUAUUUUAUUGGCAAAAAGGUUGCCUUGUUUUUCAUUAAUGCAAUCUAAACUUUAAAUACGUUUUUUUAGGGUCAUUCACUGACUUGUACAGCAUUAAGAUAAAGUAACUAGUAAUUUGGAUGAAUAUGUAAUACCUCAUUCCAUCCCAGCAUAACUGAAUAUGACGCUUUCAUACUACUGUCGAAUUUACUGAAAGGAAAAAAAUUAUUCUAUGGUCAUUAUGAAUGCUCUUGUUUUAGGUAUUCAAAAUACCACAGGUCAAUGCACACUGGCGUUAUCAGUGUUUGUCCUUGAAACAAAGAGCAGUGUAUUUAUUCCUGGCUGGUUUAAUGCAUAUAUGUAUUCUCCCAGUUACAUGAAAAACUGAGUGUCUUCCAAAAAUAGUAUAUUUUUAAACCUCCUUUGGAAUUUUAAUGACAAAUUUAUAUAUUUUUCUAGUGUCUGUAGAUUAUUAAUUUCCCAACUUCACUGCAGUUAGAGUCUUUAGUAGAAAAUGUAGCAAAAGCUUAGGAAAGUCAACUAGAAGGAAAUUUCUUGCACUAAACAGUGACUGUAGUGUGCCAGUAAUCUAAACCUCCUCACUGGGGAUUUGGAGAUUAAAUACCUCUGUGAAUGUUAUGUAUUUUCUCCCUUAAUUUUGCCAUUUUUCCUCCUGUUUCAGUUUAUCUUAUCAUUCAACUUUGAUGUCUGCCUUUGUUUGUGUUCUUUUACCAUUCAGUUGUUUAAAGUGUUGGUGUUUCUUUUUGAACUCUGUUAAAGUGUUUUCUUUUUUAGGAACAUUUAAGACUGCCUCUCUGCAGACAUGCUGUUCAAUUCUUUCUUUGAUCAUUUGUAAACAUUCUCCCUUCCAAUUAGAAAAAGCUGAUAAUAACAUUCAUGUACUAUGACUGUUUGUAAGAGACAUUGUCCAUUCUGUUAUUUCAAGCUAAAGUUAAACCCUUUGCUUUUGGUCUUGUCAGCAGUCAUGCUUGUUUUCACUGUAAUACAAAUGCAUUCUGUGCAAAGAAGCUGCCAACAUGUCUGUAGUGGGAAACGUGCAUUGUUACCGCACAACUGUUUGUGUAUCAGGGAAACCCUAUUGCAUUUGAACUAAGAGCGUAUUACUUUUACAGCCUUAGGAAUUUCUCAACAGAAAUGAAGGACUCUUCUGGAUGGCUAGUCAUGUUUGAGAACUUUGGAAAGUGAAGGAAAUUGCCACAGUAACGAUUUUAAUUUGUUAAAAUUGCCAGGCAUGGUUUUCUAUCCAGUAACAUGUUUGAAAAGAAGUUUAAAAUGUCCAUGGGACUGAAUAAAAUGAAUGAAUGCUCCGU